CAUGGGCUGUCGUUGAAACAAACGCGAAAUUAGCCAGGCUAGAUGUAGAUUGCAACCUGCUUGGGAGUUUUCAACUAGGUCAAAUUUCAAGUAAGUUAGUUUAGAAAACAUUGGCAUUAGUUAUUACGUGAGUGGGACGUCGUUUGAUGAACUUCCCACACCCAUAAUGCGCGAGAGUUGUAAACGAAAGAGAAAAAACAAGUGAUUGGAUUACCGAAAUUGAUGACUAAAAUGGGGAUGUUCAUUUCAUCAUAAAAGCGACCGAUCAGUGUGUUGUUGAUUUCACAAAUGGGGAGAACGGAAAAGUUAGUUUUGUCAAUUAUAACAGCUGUUAUUUUGACCAUCGCCGUCGGGUUGGAGAUAGCGGGGUCUUUUGUGCCCGUGUGGACGGCACCGAUAAAUGGUACGGAUGGGAAUAUAACUUUCAGUCUGUGGACGCGACAAGAGUGCUGGGACGUCGUGUGUAGGACUACGUACCUGAGGGUGAAGUGGACGACCCACGAGUGUGUGGAGGAGGCGAACGGGGACGAGACGUGUACCACGACGACGGGAUACAAACUCAAACCCGACACCAAGUGCUUUGUGGCGGAUUACUGUAACACCACGUGGAACCACAAUGAAGAAUACGACAAGGUUCCCUCACUACUGCUGGUGAGCAAGUCUUUCAUAACGCCGGGGAUCGUAUCCGGCGUCAUCACCAUCAUCCUGUACGUCGUGAAGAUCGUGCUGCAACUACGCAGUCCCAUCAAGCGGCUACAUCUCAAGGCAGCCUACCUCACGUUCGCCGCAGUGGCAGGUGCUGCAGUAGAAGUUGGUGUCAUUAUUUUCUGUGCCAUGCUUAACAAGGACGUCUACAAACUGGGCUGGGGACCCGCGCUUCCAGGAGUUGGUGGGUUUCUACAGCUCUGCAUAGCGUUCGGUGGCUACCUGGGCUGGCGGAACGUGGGCGAUGAUGAUAUCGACGAUCUGAGCGUGUCCGAGAAGAUGGACCUGGAACGGGAGAGAAAACAUUUUGUGCCUUGGACAAGGAGCGUUUCGGCCAAUUCCAACAGCUCUUGCAAUGCCACUUCUACGAAGGUCUGAUGGGCGAUGAACAAACAACAUGGUGACUGGCAAAGAGUAUAUAUUUAUAGCCGUUGGAUCAAAUUCUUUCAGAGACUUAUGUAUGACAAGGAUAUCAAUGUUUUCCCAGUUGGUAUCAAUAAGGAGAAUUAUGAAUGAACAUUUGACGAGAAAGAGAAUUGUUCAGUGAAAAAGAAUCCGUGUCUAAUAACCUAUCUGUCUUGAGCAAUUUCUUAUUUCAUUGCAAGUUAUUAAGAAAAAAGGAAGAGAAUUCAGUAAUAGUUGUUUGGAGUCUGGAAGAAGUAUUCAUUUUCGUUUGUCAUGAAGAUAUAAGGAUCAUUCAUUACCAUUUGUCCUAAACAAAUAAAUGAUUCCUUGUUUGACUUGGAAUGAAGUGUUCAUUUUAAAAUUGAUAUAAAUCAAAAAGGGUCAUUCCGUCUCAUCAGACAUGCUGAAAGACAUGUUGUUAUUUGGCAGGAGGCACUAGGGAUCGGCCAAGUGUGCUUAGAAUAACGAGGAUUUCUACCAAUAGAAUCUACCUUACAAAGCAGCAUCCACCUGAAUGUUCUGUUUGAGGACCGCCUGGAAGUAUGCAAUGGAAGACAUGCAUGCAGUUUUAGACAGUUGCUUCUGGUACAUUAAAGGGUUUUGCCAUGUUAAAUGGGCAAUACAAGCAGAUGCAUCAAGACGUAUUGAUCAAAAGAAACUUAUUCAGAUUUCCACACUGGACUCUGGAAGUAUAUAUUAUAAUUCAGAUUUGUGCCAAUAAUUUAUGCAAUGAAGAUUGUGUUUGCUUGAUUCUUCUGAACGGUAUAUGAUAUGCUUAUUCGAAUCCAGUGAUGGGUUCGGAAAGGGGUGUGUGUGUCGGCUGGGCCCAAUAUGCCAUUUUUGAGACCGCAGGACUCUCCAAGACCACCACAAAGGAAGACAUUUGAUUUGUUAGACCAAUACAAUACAGCUUGAAUUUAUACAAUGGUGUAUAUAUUAUCGGUUUCAACCUCCGUUAUGUGGAGUUUGUUACCUAUUUUGUGAGAGGUAUUGACCCGCCACUAAGACGGUUAUGUUUUGUUUACCGUUUGAAGAUGGAAUUGUAUUAAAGAGGGACUGUGGACAAAAUAAUAAAUGUCCUUCAUUGUGCAAACUAUCCACAGUGAUACACUGGGGUUAUAUCACCAGGAAUAAAUGAAGCAAAUAUGUGUGCUGUUGGUAUUCGGCUUAGACUUAUGAAGUCACAAUACUGAAUCUACGUCACAAUCCAGAUUUGACGUCAUAAUAGGAAAGUCAGGUUAUAAUCUUGGUGCUACGGUAACAAAUUCAGAUGUGACGAUAUAAUCGAAAUGUAACGUCAUGAUGCUUAUUUUCAUCUGUUAAGUCUUCAACUACGCAAACUAUAAACGAGUUACGGAACAACAAUGUCCACACCAAGUGCUUGAAAUGACAAUCUCAACAGAAUGGUGCAUGCAUUUAGUCAAACUGAAAUAUCACCUGGCUCAACACCACGUGCCUUCGUGAUCGUGACGUCAUCACAACUGUGACAUCAUUACAUGAUCUUGUGUUCCGCAAAUAAAGACCCGCUCAAACAGUUAGCUCUGUUCGGCUCUUGAAUCAAAGCUUUUGAUACUUUUUGUUUUUCAAAAACAGCCGCCAAUCAAUAGUUUAACCGUAAUGGUCUUUAGUAUUGAAAACGGUGAACAAAAUAGAAUUAUUAUGUUAUAGAUAAUCUAAAUUCCAAUGUAUCUGGAAUUAGUUAGACUGUGCUUAUAGUCUCCAGUCUUCAAUGACGUCACAAGCAUGCAAUUUGUAGGAUUACCAUGACGUUAAAUCUCAAGACAUUAUCAGAGCCUUGAGUCCAGACUGUAAAGGAUUUAUAAGCACAGGAAUAGAACUAGGUUAACAGGUUUUUUUUGGACAAAGAUGUGCAGAAAUAUACAAAAUCUUCUUACAACAAUGUAUGGUAUUUCUGUUUAAAACUUGGUUUUUUGUUUGAAAUAGUAAUUUGUUUGAUAUCUACCUUAUUUCUGUGUGUAUAAUCACCUACAAAGAAAUUUGACUUUUCACAAACUCAUUUUAAUAAAAUACCGGUAUUAUUGGAGAUGAGUAAAAAGUUAUGCUUUAAUCUGAUGGUUUAACAGGAUUUAUUUCUAAAAGAUGCUUUCAAAAACCUACUAGUAUAAUCAACAGUCUGGCGUGCACCAAGUUGUCAUAAUUUUUAUUCUGUGGUAACUAGGUGUAAAGAUAUAGAAAAACCAAAACGACGGCCAUUUUGAAUUUUAAGAUGGCUGCCAUGAUCAAAUGACUGAAAACAAUUAUACCAGUGUAUUAUUCUGGAUAAUCUUGAAAAAAUAAAGAAAUAUAUUUUUUCGGACAUGAACACCCCCCCCCCCAAAAAAAAAAAAAAAAAAAAAACCCAGAAAAAAAAAAAAAACCAUGAAAGAAAGAAGAAGCAAAUUUACUUAAGUACCUGGACUAAUAUCAAGAUAUAGUUUACAAAUAUUUGAUAUGUAUAAAUAUUUUUUAUUCUAAACAAGAUACCAAGUUUGUGCAAAA